CAACGCCUCAGGACGAGAGCAUAAAGCUACAUAUAGGUCAAAUAAUGAUUCACAGUGCGAUCAUCUCAUAAAUCAGUCUUAGUGUUUAACGUUCUUUCACCUUUCAGGUUCAUUUGAAAUACCUCCAUUCGCCAAGUAUCAUUCCACGCCACUCUGCGGUCCGCAAGUUCAUUGGAAUAUUUAUGUACUCUUCUUCCAAGUCCUCUCGAAGACUUCGGAUCCCCUUGGAGCCAGGACAUGGCGAUGGCGUUCUGGUCCUUGGCGUUUGAUUGAGGGAAUCUGUUCGCAUGCUCGUGAUCUCAAUCAAUCACACUAAAGUACAUCCGGUGGCACUGGAGGCGGGAGACUAGUAUCACUAGUAUCAUUAUUAUGAACUAAUCCACGCGCCAUCCCCUUCCGCCUUAUCGUCACCUCCCGAGUCAUUAUCCAUCUACAUCUGAGUUGUCGCUGUUUGCGAGAAUGCCAGGGAGCCACGAAGGAUAUGCUGUUUUGUCCUCCCAUGAUCCUUCCGCGAGCUCCGACGACCAGGAGAAAUCCUCGGAUCAGCCAGGGCUCAAGAACAUAGAAGUUCUGGCAUGUCGAUUCAUCGUUCUAGCAUCAGUCGUUGCAGUAUUAUCGGGGGUGUGCAACUUCGCCAUCUUGUGGAUCUAUAACACCCGAGGGUUCACACCAGUGCCACGUCUACUGUAUGAUCUACCGAGACCGAACCCUUACAUUGGCUUAGAACGGGCGACCCUCAAUCCGUUAUCCCCAGAGCCGCAACCCAUCAUGAACUUUCCAAUUCUUGCGGCGCAGGUCAAUUCGGCGGAAGUAGACAAGGUCUACUUCGAUGUUCCGAGUCUGAAAACGCCGUACGGAACAGUUUAUCCAAGAGAGACUAACUUUACGGUGUCUUCUGAGUUAUCGAUGAUACUACAGUUUCGUGUCAUGGACUUCGGUAUGGAACGCUGCACUUUGAUGGGCUCCCUUCCAAGCGCCGCAGACCUAGAGCGCUCUGAGAAGUCGGUUCCGGUCGUCUCCAGUGAUGCGGUGAAAUUAGAGGCCUGGUUCCUUGACGAUAACGACGUCCAACUAAAUGCCGAGACGCUUUCUUAUUCGAAUCGGCCCCGUCGGACAACCCUGGCGGGCGUUUGGGGGGUGACAAUGGACAAGAAAGUGCAGAUAUCCGAUGCCUUUGAAUGCCCGUCAAGAUCCUUGCUUACAUUCGAGCUCGUUUGUACGAAUCCUAAGUGCUACCUUCAUUUCAAGCAAGACGAAGACGAGCCUAUCAUGGCCGCUUUUAUAUCUCAAGCUUCGAGCAUCAGGAAGGUGGAUAUGGGCACAUAGGAUCUCUUUGCUAUAGAAUACUUGCACUUAGAAAUAGACUUUGAAGAAUGAGCCCC